AUGUCACAGCUUAUUAUCAGCCGACUAUGUAAACCCUCCCUAAGCAGGAAUUUCCUCAGACGCACAAACGUUCGUCUGUUCUCAUGCACGAGCGGGUCUGACUCGGAUGAUGAUGAGAAUCGGUCUUUCUUGUCUAGACCAGCCUACCCGUUUCUGUUGAUCGACCACCUCCUUAACAAUCCAGACUCUCCGGACGGUGGGCUAAGAAAACGCUACGGAAAUCUAGAUUGUCCCAAGGUAAAGGCAUUGAUGACGAGAAACUCGCGGAAGAGCUCUAUAUGGAUUGACGUCAAAACCACGCCUCGAUGUAUAGACCCUUUGUCGAACCUCAUCUUCUCGCAAAGAGAUCAAAGGUUCUACACUCCAAGUCCCGGAGGCAACUACUUGUGCUAUUUGGAUGAGUGCGACGAGCUCGAGUUCCUCGGCUUGCUUUUUGACGACCUUCCAAAGUCUGUCUCGCAGGAGUUGGCGGAAGUGAGUUCAUGUUCAAGAACAGACCACCUUGUUGAUUCACCCACCGGCGAACUUUUCCUCGUCAAGUGGUACAGUGAGGACUCGGAGCAGGAAGAAGACAACGACAGCGGGAUGGCAACACUGAUGCCGGUAACAAAAAAGUUCAUGGUGUUUAGAGAGGGGCUACAAUCGAGUGAAUAUGAGAAGACUAUGAUCUACACAGAAGACAUUGGAGAUCUUUGCAUUUUUCUUGGACAUAGUGAGGCUUACUGCGUCCCGGCAAGCUCGUCCCCUGGACUCAGGCCUAACUGCAUCUAUUUUGUGGGCCGUAACUUUGGUGUCUAUGAUCUCACCACCAAAAAUUGCACUAACUUCUACAAAAAAGAUGGCAAACCAAUAACGAGAACGAGUUUCCCUUACUGGCCUUCUCCAGUUCCUCUCUAG